UUUAAAAAGUUUGCAAACUGUUUUGAGCAAUCGAACGAGAAAUAUAACAAAGUUUUAUGUGGUUUCAACUACCAAUUGAAAAUGGUGUUUUCAUAUUGAGAUUUUGCGGUUGUUAUCGCUGUUGUUAAUUCGCGAACACCGCAUGACCAUAGCGAAAAAAGCAUUUCGGUUUGUUUGUUAUGAGUUCAAAUAUACGAAGCUCACCAAAUUAAAUUGCGUUGCGGAUUUUUGUGGUGUUAUUGUGAAACGAGGAUCAAUAUAUAUCUUUCUCUUUGUGCAAACAUUUUUGCCUCCAUCCAUUGAAAUAAAAUCCGAUUGGAAUUUUCGGUUUACUUGUGUUUGCUUAUUUCAGUUGGUGUUGUUGUGACUACUGAUGUGUUUUUUACAGUUAACUGAAGCAAGUUCUAACUUCACUGGAAAAUAGUAUUUUUCGCAGAAAUUUAUGAGAUUGUAUAACACAAACGAAUUUAUUUGUAAAAAAUAAAAAAGUAUGUUGCCUAACACAAAGCAAAAAUUGAAAUCAGAUCAAAAUGACGUGGUCUCCGCGUUAUCGGCUUUAUCAAUGCCGUCACUGGCAUCAAAACCACAACAACCGAUAACAAGGUCUUUGGAAAUGCAUCGAAGCAAUUCAUUAGUGAGAUACAAAACAACCGCUGAAACAAUCAGCGAGACAAAAAGAAUGCUAUCGAAUGGUGUUCGAUUGGUAUCGACUCGGCGUCCAAUAACUCCCCGUGAACCACGUCGUCAACUUUAUGGAAAAAUUUCUUUAGCUGAUCGUCCGCCAAGCGCAUUCAGUUUGAGUUAUUUACAACUGGAAAAUCGUGUAUUACCACCAAUCGGAACCACAUCACUUGUGACCAAACUAAGCUUGUUGAAUGGUGUAGAAGAGCCAGAUGGGAGCAUCAAAAACGUUGACGAUGAGAUGACAUCAAACAGGAGUGCAUUGCAACAGCAGCAGCACCAAACAGAUUCGUGCGCAAUGGGAAACAAUGUAAUGGAUUUACGAGCAAAAAGCGAUAAAAACAACCGAAACAAUGGUUGCCCGAAAUUACCAACACUUUUAUCCGAUAUGAAAAGUGGCACUUCUUCUAAUUCAUUCUCUGGUGAGUCAUUUUCAGCGAAUGAUGUCCAAAACAUAAGCGCCAAGACCCGACUCUUCAAUGGUAACAUGCAAAAGAAUCGCACGACGAUUGCAAAUAUUUUUGAAGACGAUGGUGAACAAAUUACAUUACCGUUGACUGAUGAUGUCAAUCAAUCAUGCAUGAAAAAGCAACCAAUCAGUGUACAGAGACGAUUGCUAACGUUGCGUGGUAAUGAUUUGCUAGCCAGUAAUUCUACAGAAACUCUAUUGGAAAUGUUAAAAGCACAUUCUGGCAUAAAAGAUUGCAGCGAAGAGACUAUUUUACAUAUAAAUGGGAUACUAACCGAGUUAUACACAAGGGUUAAGGGUGUUCGUAACGAUUGGCGUAGUUCCAUAUUGUCUGCACUCUACGGCUUGGUUGAAUGUACGUCCGCCAAAAUUUUACUCUCUGUGGCACGCGUAGUGCUUGUGUUGGAUGUCGUUGGAAGCAACUUAACUGGCGCUUGUAAAUUAGUAUUUAAGGUGGCUAGGAAUGAGAGAAAUGACAAUUUAUUUGCGAAUAUUGAUGUGCCAGAGUUACUAAUAGAUGGACUUGGUCGGGCCAGUCCAAUUGAUGAUGCUGAAGCAUGUAUUUACGGCUAUGGUGCCGUACGAUUUCUAGCAAAUGCGGUCGUUUCAUCAUCAGUGUCAAAUGGAAGUCGCUGUUCAAAUUCAUCAAAUACAUCAAGACCAACGACAGCUACAUCAACAACACACAAGAAGCAAAAAACAUUAGCUUCACGAUUGUACCAUCAUGGCGCCAAUGAUCUGAUGAUUUUACAUUUGAUGAUGAUAAACGAAACGGGAGCCGCUGCAAAAUUGCCAACUCAGACAUUACACGCUCUAUAUCAACUGAGCAGUGCUUUACGUGCUUUAUCGAAAAUUAUUAUGUCAGAUCAUGGUUUGCAGCUGAUACUUUCGGAAAAUAAUAACAAAAAAUGUGCAACAUCCGUGUCAUCAUCAUCAUCACCAUCGCCAUCGUCGAUGCCAAAAGCAUCAAGUGGAAGCAUCGAUUCGGUCGAUUUUGCAAUGAAUGAUUCAAUGAAAACAUCAAACGAAUUUGAUAGACAAAUAACAUUGGCUGGGCCGCAUUUGAUUCGAGCGGCUGAAAUUUGCAUUAAUCAGGCGGAAUUGCAAUUGUGCAUAAUUCGAACGUUGAGCAUUUUAUCAGAACAUGAAAGUUGUUGUGAUGGCAUUGCUGAUAUGGCACCACGUUUGGCCAUUUUACUCGGUCCAAUAAUACUGGUUUUACCGGAACAACGAAAAUAUAACGCUAUGGCCAUGACGAAAAAUGAUAUAUCAAAUAAAUCAUUGAGUUUACUGAAUCGCAUCGGUUAUAUUCUCGGUAAUAUAAUGGCACAAUCCGAUUCAGCUCGACUUCAAUUUUAUAAUAAUGAUGUUGCCAUGGAAUAUUUAUUAAAAUGCUUAGAAUAUUAUGCAAACGAAACGCAAAUUUUGCGACAUCGUCAAAUGCGACAGUCUAAUUCAGUGAAUAACAUUAAUGAAUUGUCAAACGACGGCGACGAUGCAAAUGACUGUCAGAUCGAUACAGUUACAGACGUUGUUAUUAAAUUGAUUCGUGUCAUAGCAAAUCUUAGCGUAAACGCUGAAGUCGGAUAUAAAUUAGCUAAUCAUCACCAAUUGGGUGCGAUUUUAUUAGCAUUGUUGAACACAAUCAACAAACAUCGCUUAAACUUUAAUUCCGAAUUCGAAGAAUUGCUAUUGGCCACGCUUGGUGCAGUACAUAAUUUGUCAUUCUAUCAAAAUACGAUAGACGAACAACAGACGACAAAUGAUGAUUCAAAGGAAACCAAUCAUCCGCAAAGCAUGAUUAAACAGAUGACAGCAAUAAGUGCUGCAUUGUGUGCGAUAUAUCAAUGGUCACCUGAAUCGGCACAAUCCGAAAUUGCACGUGUACUGGGCAAUUUAACAAGAUCAUUAGAGGCUCGUGAGGCUGUAUUUUCGGCCGGUGGUUUAGAAUUCCUUUUGAAGAAUUUAUCGUCAGAUGAUUGGGACAUUGUGGAGACUUCGUGCGGUGUUUUGGUCAAUAUGCUGAGUGAUUGGGAACGACGUUCAACAUUUCGUGAAUUACAUGGACCAUUUCUAUUGCGAGAUGUUUUACAACGCAGUGCACUGAAACAUGAUUGGCUUUUGGCCUUGAUUGCUUGUCAAGCAAUAUGGAACUAUAUAAUUGAUUCUGGUAAUGCUGUUGGUGCGUUGGGCGAAAGCGAAGCCGAUUACAUAUCUGCUGAUAUACUUGAACUUUUGGAUGAAGAGAAAUUGUUCGGUGAUGCCUUGGUCGACCCCGUUUGGGAGGAGUUUGCUGUCUGUGCUGCCGAUGUGCUUGAACGCAUUCAAUCUUCAAUGUCAUACAACAAUACACCAUAUGCGUCCGCAUCCGAAGAUGAUAGCGAAGAUGACGAAAUCAACAAAUCGGACGUUUUGAAAAUGUCAAAAACUGGCUUUAAAUUAUGGUUGGCGAACUCAUAAUUUCAAUUGGGCAAAA